AUGUUGAUCCCAUCAAUUAUUCUGUUUUCCCUUAUCGCACUCGCUCCAGUCAAUGCCUACAACGUUCUUGUGUAUUCGCCGUCGUUCGGCGGCAGCCAUACUAACUUCAUGGCGAGAUUGGCGGACACUUUGACGGAAGCAGGACAUAAUGUGGUAUGACUGAAGACGUCAAAUAUUUGAGUAGGCAAUUAACUUUCAGACAUUCCUCGUUCCGGUAGUAGAUGAGGCCAGAAAAGGGCAGUUGGGGGUGAAGAAAACGAAGGAUGUUGUUGUGGUCGAGGUUGUUUUGAGUAGGCACGUGCACCCGUUGAAUAGACAAUUUCAGCAAGACGAGGAGAUGAAACGGCAAAUCAUUCCGAUUGACGAUGAUAUGGAACAGUACUGGACGACGGAUAUCGAUUCGUCCAACGCAGAAACGGUGAGAAUGAACGAUUGGGUUCCACUUGCAUUCUCAUUCUUUUCCAGCUAUUUUCCACGUUCAACAAAGCAUUCUUCCUCUCUUGCAACAAUUUAGUGCGAAACAAGAAGGUUUUCAAUGAAAUGAAGGCUCGGAAGUUCGACGUGGGAAUCUUCGAGCCGGUCUCCGUGUGCGGCAUGGGAUUCGCGAAUGCGCUCGGAAUCAAGAAGACCAUUCUGGCGUCCUCGUGCACAAUGUAUGACGCGGCAGUGGAUGCAGUCGGCGAGACGCUGGACCUCAGUUAUGUGCCGGUGAUGAUGAGCAAGUUCGGAGAGAAAAUGAACAUUUUGGAGCGACUCGAGAACCUGCGAAUGGCGAGAGCCACGUCCCGAAUGCAGCAGAACAUGUGGGACGAGGAGACGAGAAUCUACAGAAAGAGUCUGGGAAAUGAGGUUCCGCAUUGGAGAGAUCUCUUGCCCGCGGCUUCCGUCUUUUUCACCAACUCGAUUCCAUACAUGGAUUUCCCGAGAUCGGUCACCCAGAAAACCGUUCCAAUCGGAGGUAUUUCAGUGGAUAUCGCCUCGAUCAAAUCGCAGAAACUGCCGAUCGAAUGGAGCACAGUUUUGGACGAGCGCCCGUACAGUAUGCUCAUUUCGUUCGGCUCGAUGGUUAGAAGUAUGGACAUGCCGAAGGAAUGGAGAAGCAAUCUUCUCGAGGCGAUCCGAUCCGAACCCAAUGUCACUUUCAUCUGGAAAUACGAAUCGGACGAUCUCGGCUGGGCGGAAGGCGUCCAGAACAUCCACUUCUCCAAAUGGGUCCCCCAGACCGCCCUUCUCAAUGACGACCGUCUCACCGCAUUCAUGACGCACGGAGGACUCGGCAGCACGAACGAGCUCGCCCACCUCGGAAAGCCCGCCCUAAUGGUUCCGGUGUUCGCCGACCAGGAUAGGAAUGCGAAUAUGCUGGCCAGGCACGGCGGAGUGUCGGUUAUCCACCGCAAAGAACUCGGGAAUGCGAAGAGGAUGCGGGCAGUCAUCUGCUCGGUUUUGCACGAGGAAAAGUACAAGAGGAAUGCGCGGAAACUGGCCGAUCUUCUCGCGAAUCAGCCAAUGAAACCCAAGGAGCAAGUGGUCAAAUACACAGAGUUCGUGGCCAAGUUCGGCCCGUUUCCGGAGAUGGAUUCGUACGGACGGAAGCUGGGAUUCAUUGAGAAAAACUUUGUGGAUAUUUACUUUUUCAUUGGCCUUUCGUAUCUCCUGAUAUUUGCCGCUCUAUACUUUUCUGUUAGAUUCGUCUUCUCUAGAAUUUCAUUCAAGUUAGUCAAAAAGGAUUAA